AUGCCUGGAAUUCCUCUGCACGCCCUUGACAACUUCAAGGCUAAGCUUAAGGCUGCCUUCAAGAAGAAGGAUAACAAGGAAGAAGCCAAGCCAGCUGAGCAGAAGCCUACCGAGACCAAGCCGGCCGAGACCAACCCUACCACUACCGAGCCUACCAAGACUGAGGCUGCUCCUCCUGCGCCAGCCACCGAGCCUGCCCCUGCUGCGGCUCCCGCUGCUCCUGCGGCCGAGCCUGCUAAGGAGGCCAAGCCCGAGACUGAGGUCAAGCCUGAAGCUCCUGUAGCUCCCGCUGCUCCUGCCGAGCCCGCAAAGACCGUGGAGACCGCGCCUGCUCCUGCUACUGAGCCCGCCAAGCCCGCCGCUGCCCCGGCCACUGAAGCUUCAGCUCCCGUUCCCGAGCCUGCCAAGACGGAACCCGCACCGGCUGCUGCCCCGGCUGAGCCAACUGCCCCCGUCGCCGAGACACCUGCUGCUCCCGCGCCCGCCGCAGCUGAUACCACUCAUGCAGCUCCCGCUGAAGCUCCCAAGGAAGAGGAGAAGAAGGAUACCCCUGCUCCUCCUGCUCCUGCCCCUGUGGCAUCUGCUUAA